AAGAGAACUUUAUAAUUGUGCACGUGUUGUUUCCCCCUUUUCUCCGUCUGUAUUUUCAAGCUCGGCUGAUCCAGUUGAAUGCGCCCUCGCUUCUGUGUUUAAAUGGCAAUGAGAGCGCUAUUAGGAGGAGGCACGUGUCCUAAUGAGGUCUUUUUCAAGCCGCUGAAUGGACAGAAGCACCCCGCUGCGAGCCCUGCGAGCCCUCAAGCUAUUUAAUCCCUCCUGGAUGGGCUUAGUGUCAGGAGAGGCCAGUCUGAGGACAGAGCCCUAGUGCGCUACCGUCGCGCUCUCGAGUGCCCGUAAGCGUAUAAAAGCAACAGGUCGAUGUAAGACACGCACUCAGUCACAAGUCACUCUGGUAACCGCUCAGACUUUCUAAUAAAGCAGUGAUGGAGGACAUGCUGUUUGACUUUGACCAAGAUGCAACCACAGAUUUCGCCUUCUGGGGCCAAAUGGACCCCAACUUUCAGUUUCAGUCCCAGCUCGACUCGCUGCUGUUCGAUGGCGCGGCCCUGACAGGUGAACUGUCUCCGUGGUCCUCCUUCGGGUGUCAGUCCGUGUUCCCCGACGCGCAGCUCGCUUUCCCGGAGCUGGAGUCUCGCUCCCCGCAGGCUGAGGCGGACAGCAGCGCUGCAGAGGCGGAGCAAGAGGCGCAGAAGCGGGGGAAGCUCAGGCCUCGCCGCCUCGCCUCCAGCCAUCACACACACCAUCAGCAUCAGCAUCAUCACCAGCACCAGCAUCAGCAUCAGCACCAGCAUCAGCAUCAGCACCACCCGUACCGCGUCCAGCGCCACGCCGCCAACAUCCGCGAGCGCAAGCGCAUGCUCAGUAUCAACUCUGCGUUUGAGGAGCUGCGCUGUCACGUGCCCACGUUCCCUUACGAGAAGCGACUGUCCAAGAUCGACACCCUGAGGCUGGCCAUCGCCUACAUCGCCCUGCUCAGAGAGAUCCUCGUGUCCGGCUGCGACCCCAAGGCCUAUGUAGACGAGUGCAUGAAGAAUGGCUACAAAAAUCAGACCAACGCCAUCUGGAACACGAGUGAUCUGACAGCUCGUCUUUCUUGGAUAAAGUGGGAUUAGUUUGCGGGACAGACUCGCACGGCUCGGAGGAGAGGUCCUGCUUCCCCCCACCUCACUGGCAGCUUGGCAUCAUGGCACACUGACAUCUGCACAUUUCUCACCAUGUCACACGUCUGCACUUGGCACCCGGGAUGCUUUUUAUAUUCUAAUUUGUUGUGGGCAGAGAAUGAGACUCAGUGUUUUGCUGUGCCACUCCAGUUGUGUGUUAACGAUGAAUGAGACCAGGUUUAAACCUUGGCAGGGCAAAGACACUUGUCUCUGUGGGAGAUAAGAGGACUGCUAAGAAUCUUGGGGCGCCUGUUUAAGUGUUUUGUAUGCGUUUCAAUAUGGUCGCAAGCUGAAGGCUGAGAAUUUGCAGCAUGCCCAUUGAGCACAUUUACAUGAAAGAGUAGUAUUGUUUUGCACUGAUUACACUGAAUUGAAAAUUCUAACUAUAAACUGUUUUAAAAAAAACUUGCUGUAACUUUAAACAAUAUUUAUAUAUUUAUGACCCUUACAAUUAUUUAUUAAAACUAUCUUAUUUAU